GGGGGGGGGCGCGUCUCCCGUGUCCCCUCCCUUCGGCGGCGUUGACACCCGGGGAUUCGGCUGGGGCGUCCCCGGGGGGGAUGGGGCCGGCGGGCGUCGUGGGUUUUUCUUGCCGUGGUUGCUUGCUAGUGCGGGGGAGGGUGGUGUGGUUGCCCCUCGGCCUGGGGUAGCGGCGGACGCUGUUGUUGUCGAUGCUGUGGUGAACGGCAGCAGCGGCAGCGGUGGCAGCGGUGUCGACCCGGAUGAUGAUGUUCGUGCUGUUGAAGUAGACGGCGGCGGCAACGCCGAAGCAGACAGCAGCAACAGCAACAGCAGAAGCAGCAGCAACAGCAGCAACAACAACAGAAGCAGCAGCAGCAGCAACAACAAAAGAAGCAGCAGCAGCAGCAGCGAGAUCGUCAGGGAGCCAUCAUCAGCACCGUCGUCGAAACAGACGAUAAUGCCUCCUUCUACAACGGGGGUCUCAGCCGCUGCUGCUUCUUCUUCUUCUUCGGCAACGGCGGGCAACGAAAAUGACGAGGAGAGAGCGUUCAGGGAGGCCGGCGUCAACCGGGUGGUGCAGGGACUGAGGGCGGAGAACACGAGGUUGCGCCAGAGGUUACGGUCGGCGGAGCGCGCCUCAGAGUCGGGGGAAGAUCGGGCCAACGUGGAGGCGGAGAGGGCUGAUGCUCUGGAGGCAGAGCUGGGUCGAGUUCGGGCUACCGUGAAGGGGCGAGUCCGGGCACUCAAGGCGGCUCUGGAAGAGGCGGAGGAAGACGCGGAUAGGGCUGUCGCUGAGAAGGAGGGGUUCAUGGUUCAGUGGGAGGAGGACGUGGAUGCGUUGAGAAAUCAGCUUGGUGCGGAAAGGAAGGCGCGGGAGGAAGACCGGCGGGAUCUGGAGAGCGUCAUCUUCGACUUGGAGGACGAGGUUGACGGCCUAAAGGAGCGCUUCCGGCAGCGGAAGAAGCCGGUCGCCAAGAAAAAGAAGCGAGGAGAAGCAUCUUCGGGAGACAACGAACAACGUUCGCGGGAGGCUGGGCCGUCCGGCACUGGGCUCAUGCGUAGAAGUGACGCUGAGAACGGUUCACGACGGCGGAGAUCGGAACGGGAGACGGAAGAACGUUCCCAGGAAAGGUCCAAGAAAAUGUCCGACGAGAAGGACGCCGCGGGGCAGUGGCGGAAGGCCAUGACCCUGUUGCAGUACUUGGAUUGAAAAACAAUGUCUGUGCGAUUCGUGUUUUUGUGCGUACACGGUCGGUGUGUGUUUUCGGUCGUCCUUGUUCUGCCGGUAUUUUUUCUGCAUUCCGAAGACGUCGUUGUACAUGUUUUUUUCGUUGUCGGGAGGUCGAUUGGAACCACUUCCGUAAAGCUGUCUCGGGUUUCCAUUUUCGUACCGUGGAAUCUUUGCGCACUCAACACCGUUUUCCGGCAUAGUUUUUACAUCUCAGGUCGCAAAUUUGAAGCGAAGGACGGCUUUUCGUCACGGACGCGAUUUCUUUCAAGGGUUUUUGGCGAUUUUCUGAUUUCUUGUGGUGGUGUUACAGGUGUUUUAGCGUGUACCAAUCGGGUUGUUUGUGUCAAGAGCCCUCAGAAAGCGACAUCGGUUUUAGAGAGCGGGUGCGGACCCGCAGCAAAAAAACAGCAUAUUAU